AUGGAAAGCAAGAGAUUGGAAUGCAUCAACAAAACCCUUUUGCUACUGUAUGCACACAAAAUCCCGCUGGGAGGUCUCAAGUUGUGCACCUCAGUUUCAGCCCUGUCUGCGCCCUCCGGGAAAGACUGGCGAAAAGCUGAAGGCCUCUCGGGCGCCACGGGUGUUCCUACACGACAGCGGGACGAAUUGAGUGCCUCAUUCCUGCGAACGCCCGCCAGAGAAUGUGCAAUCUUCAGGAAGUCAGAUCCCGACGAAGAUACUCGAGAGACGCCGCACAUCUUUCAGGCCGCGACAAGAUUCUGCUCGAAACAUUACCUCUAG